AUGCCCAAAGACGAUUCUUCCACUCAUGUCUCAUCUUCAUCAUCUCAUAAGCUACCCCUACAGCGUGGAGAUGCCUGUCUUUACUGUCGUAAACGUCGUAUACGGUGUUCAGGUAACAAACCCGAUCCCUGUGAUCAUUGCAAGAAACUCAAAAGAGAGUGUAUCUACGAUAAUGGUAAACCCGUCAGUCGGGUCCGUCAAUUGGAAGACAAGGUGUCAGAGUUGGAGAAUCUACUCCGACAUGGAGGUGUAGGCGUAGGAGAUGUCGAACCACGGACAGCAUCUGCUUCAAGACGAUCUAGUGAACAAGAUGGAUGGACCGAGAAUGAAACCUUUGACCUCAACGGUAUCAACGAAUUAGGAGCAAUGCCAGAUACAUCGACUGGGAUGAGUUUUGGAUUUGGGGGAUCUCUUUUUGGUGGAAAUGGGAUAAUGGGAAAUGGAUUACAAGGUAUGGAGAAUAUGCCAAAGCUGGCUCAAUCAGAUGCUGUGUUGGGAUUUGAUUGGUCUGGUUUGGAUCCUACCUUUCUCAGUCUCAUAAACUCUUUUUCAACUACAACCACUCAGUUGUCGGUUCCCCCUCCGCCCCCACCAACACAGCCGCAAAGUGGAUCCGCUUUCCCUUCUGCGUUUGCUAUGGAAGGUAUCACUCCUGGUACCCAGGCCUUUCUCAAUGAUAUUAUACCUCCUUCAAGUGUUACUCAGCAAGAGUCGCACCCUCCAAAUCUUGAGGACACCACCUUUCCAUCAUAUUCAAGCUCACAAUCAAAUGUCACGCCUGUAUCAGGAGAUUCGAGGUCUUCGAUGUCCACCGAUCCCAGCCCCUACACCGCUCCUUUACAUCAACAGAAUGAACAGGUCACUUUCACUCAACCGAACGAAUCUUCCUAUGCAAACCUGCAGCAAAAUAUACCUUCAUUCCAGUCAGAUUCCACUGCAAAGGCUUUCUCCGGCGCGGAAUAUGGAGGAUUGAACGAGAGCCCAGCUCUGGAAUUGGUCGGAGGAUGGUUCGAUGUCAACGAUCUUCCAAGAGUAGCAAGGGAUCAUUUACUAGAUCUAUUCUUCUCCAGCAUGCGGAUUUUUGGACAAGAAUUCCACAUUCCUCGUUUUUUCGCUAGUCUCUCUUUACCACCCAGCAAACGCCCACAUCCAUCUCUACUACAUACGAUGUAUCUCCUAGCCUCUAGGGUCUCCACAUCACCUUCUAUAAGGUCUCUCGAAUCCCAUUUCUUCUCCGUUGCCUCCAAGCAGCUCGAUGAAUCUAUCCGUCUUGCUGAUCGGCUAUUUGAUGCUGUCAGAGCUGCAACCAUGUUGGCCGUAUAUCAAUUCAGUAAAUCUCGGUAUCAUGAAGGAUGGAUGAUGACUGGCUUGGCGGCACGAUUGGCCAUCUCAUGCGGUUUACAUCAAAUCCCGUCUAGCGUAUUCCGACCAAGUCCUGUACCUCGAGAUCAGAGAGGUGAUCUAGUCAGUAUAAUGAGACAUCGAAGUUACGCUCUUCCUCCUCCACAAGAUGCCAUCGAUCUAGGAGAACGCAUUUGGGCUUUUUGGUCUAUCUACAUCGUCGAUCGUUGUGGAUCAAUAGCUUCACAGUGGCCUCCUGCAAUACAGGAUGAAAGCGUGACCACUCCGUACCCGAAGCCUUUGCACGAUUACGAACUGGGCUUGGUGAACAAGGAUGACGACAAGACAGUCUCGGAACUGUUCGAACCUUCCGAGGGACCAUUACCGCACUACGCAGAUUCCACAUUCUACAUCCUUCGUCUACGAGCCAUCGCACUACUCGAAAAGUCUUCCAAACUCAUGUAUCUAAAACCUGAACCUGGACUGCAGGAACGUACGCGGGAUGGAAGUUGCUCAGUUUCACCCAUGGGUGGGAUAGACGAAUAUCUAUCUUUUCAAGAGUACAACGCCUCACAAGCCACCGACACACACCCUUGUGAAGAUGGGAAGAAUCCCAGUGGAUCGCAAGGAUGGACGAGAUGCGCUAGGAUCCGAACGCCGAAAGCAUACGAAGAGAUUCGUCUGGCUUUGUUGAGAAUAGAAAAUGAUCUACCACCUGAAAGAAGGACGAAUUGGGAGAAAUGGGAUGGGAAAGUUCAAGAUUGGCAUUAUAGUCCAUCGAAGAAAGACGUAGCGUCAAUGCAUUUUGUACUGGGUUGUGCAUGGAUGUUUCUCUGGGACAUAUAUUCGUUCAAUGCGGAGAAUCACCUGGCAGUGGGUGUGGCUAGACGAUUGACUUGUACUAUUCGUCGGAUUUCUGCGGAAACUAUGAGAGCGGAUUUUGAUGUGUUCAUAGUGAUGACUUGGUCUUUUGUUGUUAAAAUAUUAAUCAGAGAGUCUAAAAGGCUGCAUCAUCUUGGUCAGACGGAAGCCGCCGCUCCAAUCGACGCCGAUAUUGAAUGUAUAAUCUCCGCUCUCAAGUUAUUUGGCCAAGCACAUCAUCUCGCUUCCACUCAAGCGUUCCGGAUGGACAUAUAUCGGCAAUCUACGAUGGAAGAUAUGAGUUUCAUGCAGGGUGAUAAUAUAGAUGAUGUCCAUGUUCAGCUAUCACGUGGGACUCACCUGGAGUGUUAG